AAUUGGUAUAGUUUCUGUUGUACAAUAGAGAAUAUUUUAAAAGAUGGCACCACUAUCAGAAGAAGAAGAGAAUUAUAUCCGAUUAGCUUUGUUAUUGAAAGGAGUGUCACCAAGAGCAGUCCGUACUUAUUUUGACAGAGAAUUUCCACCUACUCAUCUACCUUCAACACUGAAUAAAAACUACAACACUCUUUAUGGCUUAAAAUUAAACAGAGUUUUGAACCAAGCUCAGUGGAAGCUUUUGUUUCCAAGAAAUGGUGUACCUGAUUCGACAACUUUUGAUGUCACAUUGAUGAUCUGUUUGAUCAGACACCUGACAUCUGUUAAUCAACCAAUCAAUGGAUUUGGCAGCCUUCCACUUCCGGUAGAGACAACUGCAGGACCUGAUCUAGCUAGAAUAAAAUGGUACAGAAAUAAUCUAGCUCAUCAUGAUAUACUGAUUACGGAGAAGUUAGAAGCUUGGAAGGAAGCUGACAAAAUGUAUAUAGAAAUAAUUGGAGCAAAGAGUGUAUUUAAGUGUAUUCAUGAAAAUGGAUGCGUUGUUGUCACUGGAAGUUCAGGUACAGGUAAAUCCUCAUUGGUGCGUCAUGUUGCUUUAAAGAUGCAACAUGAAGGCUAUGAUAUAUUACCAGUGUCAAACCCUGAAUGCAUUGUUACGUGGCACAAUCCAAGUAAGAAUCUCCUUUUUGUCGUUGAUGAUUUUUGUGGAACGUAUGCUGUAAAUCCAAUGCAGUUCGAAAACUGGAAAAAUCUGAUGGAACAAAUCAAAGCAAUAAUAGAAAUAAAACCAGUUAAGUUAGUUAUGGCUUGUAGACUACAGAAAAGCAAUCUAUUGCUGAACUUUACCUGA